GGCGGUUGAGGCGGACGGUUGAGGCGGGUGGGCUUGGAUGGGCGGGCUGGGCAGCCGCAUCCUGGGCCUCGGCCCGGGCCCGGGCGCCGCGGCGGGGGGCUGCGCGGCCUCCUCCUCCUCCUCCUCCUCUGCCGCCGCCGCCGCCUCGGCCUCCCCCUGCCCCUGCUGCGCCCGAACGAAGAGGAAACGGAGCUGCGGGGAGCGGCCGGACCGCCACGCCCAUCACGACGACGACGACGACGACGAAGACGAGGAGGAAGACGAGGAGGAGGAGGAGGGGAGGCCUGAGAAGAGGCCGCGACGGAGGCUGCUCCACAGCCCCUGGAGGAAGAGAAUGGGGAGCACAGCCAACUACAUUUAUCAGACCCUGUUUUUGAACGGGGAAAACAGCGACAUCAAGAUCUGCGCUCUGGGAGAAGAAUGGAGUCUGCACAAGCUCUACUUGCGUCAGUCCGGCUACUUUUCGAGUAUGUUCUGUGGGUCUUGGAAGGAGUCGACCGUGGACGUCAUCGAACUGGAAAUCCCCGAUGGGAACAUCGACACCGAAGCGCUGCAGGUGGCGUUCGGCUCCCUGUACCGCGACGACGUCCUGGUCGAGUCCAGCCGGGUCAUCUCGGUCCUGGCGGCCGCCUGCAUGCUGCAGCUGGAUUGUUUGAUACAGCACUGUGGUGAGACAAUGAAAGAAACAAUUAAUGUGAAAACUGUAUGUGGCUAUUACACGGCAGCAGGGACCUAUGGAUUAGAUUCUGUAAAGAAAAAGUGCCUCGACUGGCUCCUCAACAACCUGAUGACCCGGCAGAGUGUCGAGCUCUUCAAGGAGCUGAGCCUAAACCUCGUGUCGCAGCUCAUCUGCUCUUCCAACCUCUUCGUCAUGCAAGUGGAAAUGGAUGUGUACACCACCCUCAAGAAGUGGAUGUUCCUGCAGUUGGUACCUUCCUGGAAUGGAUCCUUAAAAGAGCUCUUAACGGAAGCAGACGUCUGGUUUGCCAAGUGGAGGAAAGGGUCCUCCGGCGGGGUCGCCUUCCUCGAGUCGGAGCAAGGGAGGACUUUCCAGCCGGUGUUCCGGCAGCUGAGGCUGCAGUACAUCGUCGGCGACCUGGCGUCGGCCAGGAUCGUGGAGAGCGACGCCCUGAUACCUUCGGGCUGGCUGGCCUCGGUUUACAAGCAGCAGUGGUUGGCGAUGCUCAGGGCCGAACAAGAUGACGAUCCCGGGCCUCGGGAGAUCGACCGGGAGGAGCUGGAAGGGAAGAGCAUGCGGUGCGGUCGGAAGCUCGCCGGCGACGGGGAGUACUGCUGGCGGUGGACGGGCUUCAACUUCGGCCUGGACCUGCUCGUCACCUACACGACCCACGUCCUCUUCAGGCGCAACACCCUCAGCCAGCCCAGCGGCGCUGUCAGCCUGCGGCCUCGCAGGAACCUGGCCUUCAGGUUACGUUUGGCCUCGUUCGACGGUAACGGGAAGUUGAUCUGCAGUCGAACAACGGGCUACCGGAUCCUCACGCUGGAGAAGGACCAGGAGCAAGCCGUGAUGACCCUGGACGGCCGCCUUUCGGUCUUCCCCCUGUACAUCUCGUGCAACUUCAUGUACGUGUCGUCCGAGAAGGAGGGCCCGGCCGGGCGGCCCGAAACCCCGCGGGACUGAGACUCCGCCCGGAGCCCGCCCGCCGCUCGGGAAACCCUUUCUCCGUUGGUUUUUUCUCUCCCCCCCCCCCCCCCCACGCCGGUUCG